GCUGGAACACCUUCAGGAACAGUUCUGAACUUCCCGAAGGAAGUCUAGGAAAGGAAGCAGCAAAUAUCUGGGUUGUACAGAGGGAUGUGCUGAACUCAAUUCCCAAGCCGGAGAUGUUGGGAAUUGAACCUGGCACCUUCUGCAUGCCAAGCAGCUGUCCAUCCACUGAGCCAUUGCCCUUCUGGCUCUUUUGGGCAUAUGGCUGUGGAAAUAGUGGCGUGUUGCUUAUUUUCGAAGCUUUAAAUUCCUCAGGAUGAAAACCACCGACAGGUGUGAUCUGCAGUUAAUGCCACAAACCAAUGAUUUACUUUCGCUGCGGAACGAUGAAAACGGUGAUCUAUAUCUGCUUGCCUUGUCUAUAAAUCAAUAGUUCACUGGCUUUUGCUUUGUAAACUUGAAGGUCAGUCUACUGUUAAUGCCCUUAAGAACAGAAUGAAAUUGAACGUUCUGGCAACAGCUGGAAGUUUUUUUAAAAAGUCUGUUGUGCUUGCCCAACUGCUUCAUGGAAUAUGUGACCAUAUUAGCAUGUGUUCCAUAUAGGGUGUCUGCUUACUAAAAGGGAAAAUAAAGAUGGUCGGAGAGGGCAUAAAAUUUGCAUAAAAUUUGCAUAUAGUGAUACAUGCGUGCCAUUGAUCAACGUUUAGCAUUGGACUAGGGAUGCCUUUUUUAUGCAUGGUGAUUGGUGCUCCCGAUGGUACAGGGGUAGUUAUGCCUAGUCAGUAGCUUUCGAACCUGCAAAAGUUUCGGGACAGACUGACAUACGGCUUCAUUUUGUGCAUGCCCUGUAGCUGAAAUCCUGUCGCUUUUUAUACCAUUAGUGUGUCGCACUUUCACUGCCCCAUGGUGCAAGAGUGCACCAUAGAGACAGCAAGAAUGAAGUAGCCUUGGGGAAGCAUUGCAGGGAUAGGAAAUGCAAUUCAGUGUAAACAAGCGUACACGCAAAGGUGGAAAAAAGUUCGAGACAAUUAUCCCAACAUGUGCAGUCAGUUCCAGCUGAAGCAUGAAGCCACCUACUCCCAACAUCCUAACUUGGUCCAAUACUUCCUUCCAUUCACUGAUGCUGAGUUUCAAGAGCGGCUGGAACAACACAAGGCAGAGAUCGCCAUCAUGCUAAGGUCGUCGGAGUUCAAUCAAGACAAAACUGCCUUGAUUGUGACUAACAACCCACUUCCUCUCUUCAUAUCUGGACAACAACUUUCAACACCUUUCCAGUUUUUCCCUGAAGAUAUAAGGAGGAAAAGCCAACCUGAUUCGGACCACUUACCCCCAGUGAAUGCCCAAAACAGCCAGCUGAGUCCCAGCAUCAGGAAGCUGAGGAAACCUGCAGAAUUCAGGUUCUCCAGAGAUAAGGAUUUCACCAGCGAAGCCCAUUUUUCAAAAAAUUACGCGGAGAGGCGCUUGCUGAGAAUGUACCCCCAGCUCCGUAAGCACAUGAGGCUUGGUACAAGCGAAACGGAACCGCUCCCUAGUAUCCAAGGCUGGUCCCCAAACACAACAUAUUGGGAGCCUCUGACCAUUUCAUGCUUGACGGAAACAAGACGCACUAUUAAUGUACCAGGAGAAGAUGGCUUCAGGUAUGGGAGAGCCCCAUUGUGGAUUGUCGACAGCUCGGUUGUACCUAAGUAUGCCAAAUAAAAGCCUUCUGCUGACUGCACAUUCUUUGCUUCUCGGAGGCGCGAAGUCUCGAUCCUGGCACCGCCCAGUUGCGCUGGCGUUUAGUGUAUCGCUAUAGAUUUGGGAGGGGAUUCCCCCCUUCCCGAACCCCUAGAAAUUAACAAAUGGUAGGAUGUUGAUUAUUUGGGAUGCGGAGGGAGAAAUACAGGUGAAACUCGGAAAAUUAGAAUAUCGUUGAAAAGUGCAUUUAUUUCAUUAAUGCAACUUAAAAGGUGAAACCAAUGUAUGAGAUAGAUGCAUGACAUGCAAAGCAAGCUAUGUCAAGCCUUUAUUUGUUGUAAUUGUAAUUAUUUGUCGUUAGGCGGGUCAAUUAUAAAUGGAAUGUAAUUAAUAGCGGUGUUUAUUUUUGUAUUAUUGUAACUAUUUGUUUUAUUACUGUGGAAUUUACAAAAGAAAGCAUUUGUAAAAAUUAAAAUAAAAAAUAAAAACUAAUAAGUUGCAUUACUGAAAUAAAUGCACUUUUUGACGAUAUUCUAAUUUUCCGAGUUUCACCUGUACAAGCUGCAGAGGAAUUCCUGGGCUAGCCUAUGCAAAAUGACUUGGCCAAGCUGGGGCCAUUAAGAAACCUUAGAGGGCCAUUGAGGGCCCUUGGCAAUGCAAGAGAACCAUCCUUGCCACCCCCCUUGCCCUGAGGUGUGAACAGAGACUGGGGGGUUGGAAGGUUGCCAGGGUAAGUGGGUGUGAGGCGACAGGAAACGAGAGUCUUUAGCAAGGUGUGCUGGGAAGAAGAAAGGGAGAGAAGAAAGUUGGGGAUCCAUCUUGGGCAGGCUGGCUGAAGGCUGGCUGGGAGAGAUGCCUUGGACUGCUGUGGGGGACAAGCCCCUCUUGAAAUGACCAUUUUGUAAGAUCUGGACUCCCUGCAUGCAGACUGAAGGUGUAAGUAGGUGAAUAAACUGUAUUUCUUAAAGUUACGACAGUCUCCACCAUGUUUAGAGGGCCAUAGGUACUAGCCACCUAAGAUAUAUGCCGUUCUCAUCCUAAACUCAUGGCUAAAAAGAACCCACAGGUAAGGGGGCAAAAGCCUUUGUGUUCUCCUAUAAAAGCCAUUCUUAAAGGCAGCUAGCACACAGAGACAGGGACGUGGGUGGCACUGUGGUCUAAACCACUGAGCCUAGGGCUUGCCGAUCGGAAGGUCGGUGGUUCGAAUCCCCGCAACGGGGUGAGCUCCCGUUGCUCGGUCCCUGCUCCUGCCAACCUAGCAGUUCGAAAGCACGUCAAGUGCAAGUAGAUAAAUAGGUACUACUUCAGCGGGAAGGUAAAUGGCGUUUCUGUGCGCUGCUCUGGUUUCGCCAGAAGCGACUUAGUCAUGCUGGCCACAUGACCCGGAAAAACGGCCUGCGGACAAAUAUCGGCUCCCUUGGCUAGUACUGUAAAGCGAAAUGAGCGUCACAACCCCAGACUCAUUCGCGACUGAACUUAACUGUCAGGGGUCCUUUACCUUUACCUUUUUAGCACACAAAGACACACAUCACUGACUGAUUUGUCUGUAACUUGUUUCUUACUUGGGCAAACAGCUCUUAUUUACAUACAACUUUCCUGCAAAACAACAGGGGGAUGGUAAGCGAACCCUUUUAUUACCCGUUCCGAAACUGUAAAGGGAGACCAUUGCAACCACCCUCCUCAAAUUUGGCAGAAUCCAUCCACUCAGAAGAAGCAUACAGGACAGUAUAGUUCUGUAAGGGAGAGGGAUUAUAGAGAACCCCCCCUCUCAUCAGUAGCAGCCCGUCUCCAAGCAGUCAUGAAAGCGUGGGGUCUGAAGGGGUGAGUCAGGAGACGGAGAAGGAGUGCCAGGGCUCUGGCAGCAUUGGAGAGCCCCUGCUCCACAGGCAGGAAGAGAGAGAGGCGGGAAGGGGGGACAGGCAGAAGGCAGACCGUAGACCCUCCUCCCCGACACCGGUAUUGAGGAGGAGGAGAAAGGGGAGGAGAUUCACUGUCCCGAGGCUUUUAUGUUGGUCAAAGUCGCGAAAAGGGGCAGUGCCAGAUUCUGAUUCGGAAUGAGAAGACAUGAAACCAGCAGCUCGCUACACUGUAAAUAAAGUGCACUAAUAAAGAC